AUGCCAGAUCAUUUCGGCCAGGUUCUUUGGUCCAAGAAAACAACAACGGCCAAUGAUGAUGUGAAGCUGGAAAGAUCGGAGUUACAGAAAAAGGCUGCCGUUAGGAGAAUUGUCCAAAAUGGGAUUCGUAAACCAACUCCUUUAAGGAUGUUAAAAAUGCCCUCAUAUCCCCAAAUGAACGGCACCGAUUCUAAGAUAGAUACGUCAAAAGAAAAUAAUGAUAUCAAACUUACAACAUCCACCCCUUUGAAAAUUGGAACGAACGCCAUCCAUUCGGCUAUCUCUAAAGAUAACAACACAGUGGUCCUUAGUGAUGCCAUAUCCAAGUACGCUAUCGACAACUAUAAUUUUCAGCCACCAUUGGGAUUGGGUCCAUUUUCCCGUUUUGAAAAGUCUAGUAUAUUGAAUUUUCCUGACAGAUUGUUUGAAGAGUACAAUAGCACUGAAUGUAUCACCAACAUGGGGAUAUUUCAACAGAUUGGCAAGGCCUGGCUUACCGUAGACAACAAGUUGAUCAUAUUCAACUUCAAGUCUGCUACACAAGACUACUUCACAAUUGAUGAAAUUCGCCACAGUAUCCUGACUGUAAAACUCAUUGAGCCUAAACCUAAUGUGUUCGUGGAUAGCGUCAAUUAUUUGUUACUGGUAUCCACUCCUAUAGAUAUCUACAUUUUCGCAGUUGAGUAUAAUGCUAUCAAGGAUAAACUGGAGAUUUUCAACACUGGAAUGUCAGUUUCUACUCAGGGUCUAAUCGUCGAUCAUUUUGAGACUUUUGAGAAGACCCACGAUAUUUUCUUUUGUGGUAAAGGUGACAGUGUAAACGUUUGGAAACUUUCCUAUUCCAACAACGAAGAAUGGUUUCACAAGAAGUGCAAUAAAGAAUGUCUUACAAGAAACAGCCUUUCUACUGUUGUCCCCACUUUCAAUAAGGUCCCAGGUUUGAAUAUCUUUGGAACUUCAGAUUCUGAAACCUCAACUAGCAAUGAGAGAGAAAGCAUUUCGCAAAUGCAGAUUGACCAGUCUCGAUCCAUUUUAUACACAUUAUCCACUCGAUCAGUCGUUAGAGCAUAUCGCAUAAAGGUUCUGAGCUCGGGUACCGUCUCCUUGUCUCAUCCUACUACUAAAGGUCCAAUGGAUUUAUUGAAGGAUCUGAGUACUACCUAUGGUUUAUCGAAUCUCACCCCACAGACUAAAAACUUCAAACUAUUGAAAAUCUUCCCGGUGACAAAUCUUGAAAGUAGCUCAUUAUUCUUGAUUGCAAUAACAAAUACAGGUUCACGUAUUUUCAUUAAUGGGUCAGCUAAUUUGGGAGAUGGACUUGCUUUGAUUGCUAGUCAUCUUAAACUUCCCCCUCCUGAUCAUAAGUUCUUCCAAAAAGUAUCUGAUGAGAAGGCAAAGCAAGGAAAAGAUUCGUCGUUGGCAAUCAAUUCCAAUGAAUCAUCCAAGUUAUCUGAGAAUAUCUAUGGCAACACUGCCUCGUUCCUGAAUGUCACUGCUCUUCAAUUAGGACAAGCCCAAUCAGUAUCUGAGUUGUUAACAGGCUUGAAAAACUGUGAGAUAAUUUCUCCGAAUAUUUUUUUCGGUAUUCUGAGACUCAAAUCUGAAAACACUGACCGGUUGUUUGUAUCGACCCCUGAUUACGGGGUUUUGAAGAAGAACAAUUCUUAUGUUGAAGAUUUUGAAUUUCUGGACAGUUAUGGACUGAUCCAUGAUAUCAUUCAAUUAACACCUACAUUUAAUGCUACUGAAACUCCUGCUGGGUAUUACAAUCAGUUUGCUUCCCAAUACACAAAAGACCCGUUAGAGGUUGCUGUUUUAACUAACACAGGAAUUCACAUCUACAGAUACAGGACACCAGACUUGAUACUAGAAGACAGCUUAAAUGAUAACACAUUUAAAGCUUUUGCUGAAAAGUAUGGGUCCCGAGAAGCAUGUUCUACCACUCUAUACCUCUCUUGUCGAUUUGGUAAGUCUGAGGACAACAAAAAUAAAGCGACCCAGCUUUUCAUUUGUGGUGGACAAAAUGCCUCGCUGAACAAAAACCUAACCCCCGUGGUUGAUAAUGUGGAACUCAGCGAUAGGUUUUAUGCUGUGAUUCUCUUGAUCUCGAGAAUGUUUAGAGAUAUUUGGUCUAAAGAAAUAUUCAAAUUAGUACCGGAAAUUAAUUUUGAUUCGAACGGCUUUAUUGAAGAUGGAUCUGUCAAAAAAAUUGAAGAUCGUAUUAUCCUUUCCGGAUUAACAAUAUCCAGAAAUACUAUUGAGUAUUUACUGUCCUCAUUGUUAAUUAUUCUUGAUUUUUUAGAAAAGAACAAGAGAUCUAUUCCAGGCGCCUUACCACCAACUUUCAAUUAUGAGAAUAAUUUCCGUGACAGAGACUUUGAAGUUUGCAGCCAAGCCGAGCAUAUAGGCUUUAGAGCGAUUUUCCAGUUACUAAACACUAUGAAAGAAGGUUUGUCGUUUCUGCUUUUCUUGAUCGAAGAAAGUGAGUCCUCAAAAAAUGGCAAUUUCAAAGACUUGGUCAGAUUCAUGUCAGUACAGGAUCAGGCUGAUCUAAGCUCUUUGACAUUUAGCCAGUUCAUAGACAAUACCGAGGAGCAAACUCAAAAAUUGUUGAAAGAAAUUUUGUUCUCUAUCAUCAACAGAAACAUUGUCCGCGGAAUCUCGGUGGACCUCAUAAUCAAGAACCUCCAAGAGAGAUGUGGUUCAUUUUGCUCAACUAGUGACGUUCUAAUCUUCAAAGCCUUUGAGACCUUGAAACGUGCCAAAGACAUAAGCAAGAGAGAUCCGAAUCUUAAGGUAAAACAUCUUCAGGCCUCUGUGGACCUGCUGAAGCAGGCUAACAACUUGGUCAGUUUUGAUACUAUCAAGGAAGCUGUGGAGAUCAUGUUGGAAGUCAACUAUUAUAGUGGAGCAAUAGAGUUCCUAUUAAAUAUGGCCAAUGCUUCUCCCAACACCACGACAUCGGACGCUUACAGCUCAGAUUACUACAAUACCGAUAAGUUGCUAACAAAUUCUUCCAAGGAGAAAGAUUAUGAGAAGAGACACAUGUUCUACAAGUAUGUCUUCGACAUUCUGGUUGAUAUUGAUACUAAGGCUGUAGAGAGUGUCCAGCUUAUCAAUGAUACUGAAAGCAGAUUCCAAAGCGAAGAAAACCAGUUCAUUACUCAAAAUGGAGACUUAAUUACUGAGUUUACUCAGCUAAGGGAUACAAGUUAUGCGACCUGUUUCGCUUAUCAGGACAAAUUGUUUCACUAUGAGUUUUAUAAGUGGUUUAUCGAACAAGGUGUUGGUGAGAGAUUGCUAGAUAUUGAGACUCCCUACAUUUUGGGCUUUCUUCAGGAAUGUGCCGUCAAAGAUCUUCAAAUGGCCAAGUUAUUGGUUGCUUUCCAUUCCAAACAUGAGAACUACUACGCAGCGGCCAAAAUCUUAUAUGACUUGGCUAAUAGCGAUUUCACCAUCAGCUUAUCUGAUCGCGUGCAAUAUCUCUCUCAAGCUAACGGUUUCUGCAACUGCGUCUGUCCUCCAAGUGUAAGACAGGAGAUGAUUGAAAUGUCAACUUUCAUUGCCGAUUUGAUUGCAGUAUCCAAUAUACAAGAAAUCCUUUUGCAAACUAUAAUUUCUGACGAGAGAGGAACUGAAGAAUCAAAAAGUAAAGCCAAGGAAGACCUGGAUGGUAAAAUCCUGACGAUCAGUGAGCUUUUCAAUGAUUUCAUCAACCCUCUGGGUUAUUAUGAACUGGCUCUGAUAGUGUUCCGUAUUUCAGACCAUAGAAACACAGACGAUGUCUUAUCCCAAUGGGAAUUACUACUAAACAAGUGGCACACUGAUUAUAUUAAAAAUAGACCGAACGAGUCGUUCUACACAGUUGUGUCCAAUCUUUUUGUCUCGGUCGGUCGAAAGCUCAGUGAUACUGAAACUGUUUUUCCGGUGCCGGACUUGUUUCGUCUGUUAGCCAAAUUCAUCAAUCAGUCACAACCCUCAGAGAGUACACCGGUCGGAAUACUAGUUGAUAUAUUUCUGAAGUCGGGCGUGACUUACGAUAAAUUGUACUACACGCUAAAGGAAAUGGUCGAAAGCACCACCUUUGAACCUUUUGAAGGAUUCACAAAGUUCCUGAAAUCUGAAAUGAUUUAUUUGAUUAAGAAUUGGUACAAAACGGAUAGAAGGUUGCGUGACAUUGUCUCAUCUGAUCAGAUAUUGAGCAUGACAGAUUAUCAAGUCGAUACCGAUCCUAUCUACAAUUACAUUCGUACCACCGGUAUUCCCAUUUAG